AACAGUGGGCACCGCACGGCUUUUUUAGAGGGGACCUCAUCUCGCUUAUCUUCAAAUAAUUUCCCCGUCCUCUCCGACGACGCAGCUCAACACACGGCGAAGAUGGGACCACAGUCCGCGGCGGUGAUGGCAAUGGUGGUGGUGGUGGCGAUGGUGGCGAUGGCGCCGGUGAUGGUGGUGGUGGCGGCUCCCCUCGAACGCGAGGGGGACAUAGACGUUGGCACUGCGAGCUACGAGGACGACCUGGGUCUGGAGAUCACUCUCCCACAAGGAACCAACUCUGAUGAGGUCGACAUUUACGAGACUGAAGAAACGCCACUAACAUACGAGGCAGAAGAAACACCAGACACGUAUGAGACUGAAGAAACUCAAGUGCCUGAAGAAACACCAGACACGUAUGAGACUGAAGAAACGCAAUUGGCUGAAGAAACACCAGACACGUAUGAGACUGAAGAAACACAACUGGCUGAAGAAACACCAGACACGUAUGAGACUGAAGAAACACAACUGGCCGAAGAAACGUCAGACACUUACGAGACUGAAGAAGCAUCAGAUACUUACGAGGCUGAAGAAACGCAAGUUCCUGAAGAAACACCGGACACUUACAAGACUGAAGAAACGCAAGUUCCUGAAGAAACACCGGACACUUACAAGACUGAAGAAACACCAGACACGUACGAGACUGAAGAAACACCGGACACUUACAAGACUGAAGAAACACCAGACACGUACGAGACUGAAGAAACACUGGACACUUACAAGACUGAAGAAACGCAAGUUCCUGAAGAAACACCGGACACUUACAAGACUGAAGAAACGCAAGUUCCUGAAGAAACACCGGACACUUACAAGACUGAAGAAACACCAGACACGUACGAGACUGAAGAAACACCGGACACUUACAAGACUGAAGAAACACCAGACACGUACGAGACUGAAGAAACACCAGACACGUACGAGACUGAAGAAACGCAACUGGCUGAAGAAACGUCAGACACGUACGAGACUGAAGAAGCGCCACUAACAUACGAGGCAGAAGAAACACCAGACACUUACGAGACUGAAGAAACGCAAUUGACCGAAGAUUCUUCAGUCCUGUAUGGGGCAGAAGAAACGCAUGAGCCAGAAGAAGUACACGAGACUGAAGAAACGCCAGACACUUACGAGACUGAAGAAACGCAAGUGCCUGAAGAAUCUUCCGUUUCACACGAGGCAGAAGAAACACACGAGCCAUCGGUCUCGCAUGCAGAAGAAGAAUCACCGGACAGUUACGAGAUUGAAAUACAUCAAACCGAAGAAAUUCAUGCAACUCCAGACACGGACGAGACCUACUUGGCAGAAGAAGCACAUGAAAAUCAAGAAACGUCAGAUGCACAUGAAACGCACGAGACUGAAGAAACCCACGAGGCAGAAGAAACCCCUUACUCAUUUGAGACGGAAGAAACACACGAGGCAGAAGAAACCCCAUACUCCUCUGCGACUGAAGAAACACACGAGACGGAAGAGCCACAUGAGACUGAACAAACCCCUUACUCAUAUGAGACCGAAGAGACGCACGAAACUGAAGAAACCCCGUACACCGACGAGACUGACGAAACACACGAGACUGAAGAAACCCCGUACACCGACGAGACUGACGAAACGCACGAGACUGAAGAAACCCCGUACACCGACGAGACUGACGAAACGCACGAGACUGAAGAAACCCCAUACACCGACGAGACUGACGAAACACACGAGACUGAAGAAACUACGUACACCGACGAGACUGACGAAACGCACGAGACUGAAGAAACUACGUACACCGACGAGACUGACGAAACACACGAGACUGAAGAAACUACGUACACCGACGAGACUGACGAAACGCACGAGACUGAAGAAAUCCCGUACACCGACGAGACCGAAGAGACGCACGAGACGGAGGAGACCCCUUACACCGACGAGACGGAGGAAACACACGAAACCGAAGAGACACACCACACCGAAGAAACCCCUUACACCUACGAAACCGAAGAAACACACGAGACUGAAGAAACACACCAGACGGAAGAAACACACGAGACGGAGGAAACCCCGUACACCUACGAGACGGAGGAAACGCACGAAACUGAAGAAACGCACAAAACUGAAGAAACACACGAGACUGAAGAAACACACCACACCGAAGAAACCCCGUACACCUACGAGACGGAAGAAACGCACGAGACGGAGGAGACCCCUUACACCUAUGAGACAGAGGAAACGCACGAAACUGAAGAAACGCACGUAACUGAAGAUACACACGAGACUGAAGAAACACACCACACCGAAGAAACCCCGUACACCUACGAGACGGAAGAAACGCACGAGGCGGAGGAGACCCCGUACACCUACGAGACGGAGGAGACGCAGGGCCCGUCGGGCGGCUCGACGGACGUGCCGAGCGUGUACGACACCACGUACAGCGACACGCGCGCCGCCCCCUUCGAGGGCGGCGAGGACGGCUCAGGGGAGGACGACAGCAGCCUCGGGGAGAGCCCCCACCGCAGCGGGACCCGCACGGGGGCCCCCGCGGUGCCCGGCACCCCCCCCGGAGGCGCCGCCACGGACCUGGGCCGCCAGGUGCUACCCCAAGACAUGCCCACGUGCCUGCUGUGCUCGUGCGUGCACGGCUCGGUCUACUGCGACGACCUGGAGUUGGACAGCGUGCCGCCGCUGCCCAAGGACACCGUCUACCUCUACGCACGCUUCAACAAGAUCCGCACGCUGCGCAAGAAAGACCUCACCGGCUACGCCCAGCUGAAACGCGUCGACCUCUCGAGUAACGGCCUCACGUCCGUGGAGGCUGGCGCUCUUGCCCAGCUGCCCGCGCUUGAGGAGGUGCUGCUGGCGGGGAACGAGUUGGUCGCCCUACCGGAGCUGCCGCCCGCCACUCGGCGCCUCGACGCACGUCAGAACCACGUGACCAGCAAGGGCGUGGCGGCGGACAUGUUCGAGAAGAUGAAGCAGCUCGAAUACCUCUACCUGUCGGACAAUCAGCUCGACUUCAUCCCCGUGCCUCUUCCCGACAGCCUGCGUGUGCUACACCUACAGAACAACAACAUCCAGCAGAUUCGAGAGGACACAUUCUGCAAGCCCAAGGAGCUGAGCUAUUUCCGUAAAGCCCUUGAGGACGUCCGGCUCGACGGGAACCCCAUCAACCUGAGCGACGCACCUGAAGCCUACACUUGUCUGCCACGCAUACCCACGGGGACCACCUUCUAGGGAAGAAUUGGCAGGACCCACACAGUGGGAUCGGAACGGAUUGGGAUGAUAGCUCGUGACAUUGUGGGAUGAAACUGGAAUUGCGAUUAGAUUUAAUGGGAUGCAAUUGGGUUUAAUAAGAUUGUAUGGGAUGAAAUUGGGAUUUAAUGGGAUAUUAUGGCAUGAGGUUUCAUAACAUUUAAUUAUUCUGGGAUUGGAGUGAAAUUUUACGAGAAACAAUGGGAAUUUGUGGGAUUGCAUGGGAUAAAAUUGGGAUGGAAUGAUAUUUUAUGGGAUGCAAUGGGAUUCCUUGGGAUGGAGUAAUAUUUCGUGAUAUUUUAUCGGAUGGGAUUUCAUGAAAUUCAAUUAGGUGAGAUUCGAAUUGCGACUAUGGGACGCAGUGGAAUGUAUUGGGGUUUAUGGAAUUGUGACGGAUGAGAUGCGAUUUCAUGAUAUGGGAUCUCAUUCGAACAUCAUGCAAUUUGGAUGGGAAUGAUUUUGACUUUUUAUGGAAUUUAUUAAGAUUGUAUGGCCUGAAAUUGGGAUGCAAUUGAAUUUUAUGAUGAAAAAAGGAAUUGUAAUAACGUGAAAUAGUAUUAGAAUGCUAACAGACGCGAUCGUAUGUGGUCAGGUGGAAUUAUAUAGGAAGACAUUUUUUUGGAAAGGUGUGUUAUUGGAUCGAGAGGUGACAAAAAUGUUCAAGGAUGGAAUGAAAAUGUCAUGGUAGUUUGGACUUGGAAACCCAAUACAUCCCAAUGGGGAAUGAUGUUACAUACACGGCUGCCUGCUGGAAAAGGCAAGCACACACAAACACACACACGCGCGUGCACAUUUAUAUAUACACUCGGAACAUGGUCCCCAUUUUCGGAUUAAUCCGAAAAUUUCUAAAAUAUGGCCUAGAUACGAGAUUUAGGGCGUAACAAAAUGUUGAGUUUUUGGAAUUUAUGGAAAACGUGACGUCACCGGAAGUGACAUCACUUCCCUGGUGUCACGUGCAUUUCUAUCCAUUCCAAAUAUUGGCUGCGUGACGCCACUCCACUUUUGGUUUAAUUGUUACCAUUCAAGAGCUUGCGCAUUAUUGUUUUGCUGAUGGAACUUCACGUUAUGAAAUGACAGUGAUUAUUAACAUAUAGACAGUUUGAAAUUAUCGCAUUCUGUACGUGAGCAAAGAAAGCUGCUAACAUCUAAAAUUACAUUAAAAAAAUACAAUACAAAAAAUCCGAAUUUGGGCUGAACCAAUCCCUAAUAUAAACAUAAACACAAACCACACAGACAUAUGCACAAUUAGUACACACACACAUUAUCGACAAAUGGAAAGAUCCCUCGUGUAGUCUACACAGACUGUGCUGUUAGCGAGCACCUAUGAAGGCUGGCACGGCGCACCUAUGCUGAGGUGGUGUGGCCAGAAACCACGAUCAGCCACCUUCAACUUGAUUGCGCAUCGAAAUAAGUACUGCACCAGGUACUCAUUGAAGGCUGAGUCAACCUAGGGGAGGCCCAGGACUGGUUCAGAUAUCACUGAUGUUGACCGUGGGCGGGACUCUAACCCAGGUCGCUGGGUUCAUAGCGCAGUGCGCUAACCGCUACAGGGACUCCUCUACUUCGAGUUCGUUUCCAGUGGUCUGUUCACAAGUCGAUCUGUUCAUAAGUUCAACUUUACUCCUUUUGAUUCCAAACACGUUGUACGGCGUGCACACUAAACACGGGGAAUGGCUUUAAAAGUUGUAUACUCUCCUGUAGACGGAGAUGCCACCGGUUCUUAAUGUCCUGCAGAUGUCUAUGCCACCACUGCCAUCUAUUGCGCGGCGGUUGAACUUACGACUCUCGGUCUGAACAUGCAACUGGACAUACGUACCAGGUUUGUUCGUAUCUCUGAAAGUUGUAAGUCUAAUGUUCGUAAGUAGAGGAGUGCAUGUACACUACUGCUCCCACACACAUACAUCACACACCGGUACACGCGCAGAUACACUGUAGAUAUAGGCACUCGCAUAAAGUAUUUUAUAACUUGUUCGUGUUCAUCUCAUUACUCUUUUGGAGGCGCAUUUGCUUUUAAACAAAGCCAUCACUAUCGCUGCUAUUUGCCCCCUAAUUCAACACAGUCUG